AUGCCAGUGUCGUCGGCCCUUCAAGCCCUCGUGGCGGCUCAUUUGGUGGGCAUUGCACCCAUCCUUGCGCACUUGACCAACGACCUGCGCGAUAAUGCGCAACGCACCACGGAGCUGUCGCAAAGCCAGCCGACCAAGAACGCUCUUCUGGUGCUCGCGACGAUGGCGCCCGAUGCGAUUCCGGCGUUCACGGAAGCUUGGCUCUCGGCGCUGCCUGCUGCUAUCGACACCACGCUCCACAUGUUCUAUCCGAUCGUCGUCUGGAUGGGCACGCAACUCGGCCCUUUUUAUGGCAGUGCACCCGCGCGUCUUACGACAGAGUGCUUAGCGAGGCUGCGGACCGCCCGCGCCCCAGUCUCGGUGGAGCCUGCGCACGAGAUGGCCGACAUCGCCAUCGAUCCAGAGCACUGCGCCGAGUGCCUCGAGGUCGCCGGCUUUCUUCAUGACGGCACGAGAGCCCAUCUGGAUCUCAAGCAGUCAUCGUGGAGACUCUGCUCCAUCGUCCUUGCGUGCGUCACCGCCCACUCUGACCGCCUCACGAUGGUGAAGCUCGGGGAUGCGAACACCAAGGGCAUACUCAAGCUUCCGCCGCCAGCCGGGGUCUCGCUGGCCGAGUAUACGACCACCCAGAACGACCUAGCACACAUUGACCGCUGCAUUGCUACGCUCGUCGAUGCGACCCAACGUGCAACGAAGCGCCCGCGGCACUAUUGAGCUCUUCGCCUAAGCGGUGCGAUUUCGCAUUCAUCUCGAUACAAGAACGUUUGAAAGACGAAUUUGAGUUGCGCAGAAGAGUCCCGUCUAUGGUUGACGCCUGUC